CGAGCCGAGGCUCCGACGCCCAGGACUGGGGAAGAAGCUGCGCCUCGGGCGCGCGGGGAGUCGGGGCGAGGCCUUGGCGGGAAGGCGAGGUGCAGCUUCUCUAGCCCGCGCGGUCCUCCCACGUCUCUGUGGUCCGGGGAGGGGGCGGGGCCGAACCGUGGGGCGAGAACGGGGUGGGGCGCCCCGCGCCCUGGCUCCGCCUCCCACCCCUCCUCCGCCUCCUCCCCUUCCCCCGAGUUCCCCCUGGGGAAGAGUGGGUGGGUAGGUGGGGAUUCCCGGCGGGUGGCGGAGUCACAGUCGCUUCAGCCAGGCUGCGGAGCGGACGGACGCGCCCGGUGCCCCGGGGGAGGAGGAGGUGGAGAGGAAAAGACGCCCUCUCUGCCCGAGACCUCUGGAGGCUCUGACCCCAGGGGCCAGGGGACUGACAAGUUCCUCCACCUCGGCUGCCUGAAGAGGCCGCGACCCUGGAGGCCCCUGAGCCCACCGCACCAGGGGGCCCAGCACCACCCGGGUGGCCUAAAGCGACAGUAUCUGGGACCACUGCGAGGCUUCCAGUUGCCUAGACAACGAGCCUGGGGUCAGAGCCUCCACCCUUCCAGCCACCUGCCUCCUCUGCUGCCUCAGGCACCAGUCCCAGACCCGUGAGUCCAGCCCAGGUGACAUGACGGUGCUCUCGACCCCCCGGCCCUCGCGGGUGACCACGCUGAAGCGCACAGCUGUGGUCCUGGCCCUCACGGCCUAUGGAGCCCACAAAAUCUACCCCCUGGUGCGGCAGUGCCUGGCUCCGGCCAGGGGCCCUCAGACGCCGGCUGGGGAGUCCGCGCAGGAAGCUUCCGGGGCCACGGUGGGCGCAGCGGCCAAGGCCGGUGUCAACCGGGUGUUCUUCCAGCGACUCCUGUGGCUCCUGCGGCUGCUCUUCCCCAGGAUCCUGUGCCGGGAGACGGGGCUGCUGGCGCUGCACUCAGCCGCCCUGGUGAGCCGGACUUUCCUGUCGGUGUAUGUGGCCCGCCUGGACGGCCGGCUGGCCCGCUGCAUCGUGCGCAAGGACCCCCGGGCCUUCGGCUGGCAGCUCCUGCAGUGGCUCCUCAUCGCACUCCCCGCCACCUUCGUCAACAGUGCCAUCCGCUACCUAGAGGGCCGACUGGCCCUGGCGUUCCGCAGCCGGCUGGUGGCCCACGCCUACAGCCUCUACUUCUCCCAGCAGACCUACUACCGGGUCAGCAACAUGGACGGGCGGCUCCGCAACCCGGACCAGUCCCUGACGGAGGAUGUGGUGGCCUUUGCCGCCUCCGUGGCCCACCUCUACUCCAACCUGACCAAGCCGCUCCUGGACGUGGCUGUGACCACCUAUACCCUGGUUCGAGUGGCCCGCUCCCGCGGGGCCGGCACAGCCUGGCCCUCGGCCAUCGCUGGCCUUGUGGUGUUCCUCACGGCCAACGUGCUGCAAGCCUUCUCGCCCAAGUUCGGGGAGCUGGUGGCAGAGGAGGCGCGGCGGAAGGGGGAGUUGCGCUACAUGCACUCCCGGGUGGUGGCCAACUCGGAGGAGAUUGCCUUCUAUGGGGGCCACGAGGUGGAGCUGGCCCUGCUGCAGCACUCCUACCAGGACCUGGCUUCGCAGAUCAACCUCAUUCUGCUGGAACGCCUGUGGUACGUCAUGCUGGAGCAGUUCCUCAUGAAGUACGUGUGGAGCGCCUCGGGACUGCUCAUGGUGGCAGUCCCCAUCAUCACCGCCACCGGACACGCGGAGUCAGACUCGGAGGUGGCGAAGAAGGCGGCCCUGGAGGCGAGGGAGGAGGAGCUGGUGAGCGAGCGCACGGAAGCUUUCACUAUCGCCCGCAACCUCCUCACAGCUGCCGCGGACGCCAUCGAGCGGGUCAUGGUGUCCUACAAGGAGGUGACAGAGUUGGCUGGCUACACAGCCCGGGUCCACGAGAUGUUCCAGGUAUUUGAAGACGUCCAGCACUGCCGUUUCAAGAGGCCCGGGGAGCCAGAGGACACUCAGGCAGGGUCCGGGGCCGUGGUGAGGUCUGGUGUCCGUGUGGAGGGGUCCCUGCAGAUCCGAGGCCAAGUGGUGGAUGUGGAGCAGGGGAUCGUGUGUGAGAACAUCCCCAUCGUCACGCCCACGGGGGAGGUAGUGGUGGCCAGCCUCAACAUCAGGGUGGAAGAGGGCAUGCACCUGCUCAUCACGGGCCCCAACGGCUGCGGCAAGAGCUCUCUGUUCCGUAUCCUGGGCGGUCUCUGGCCCACCUAUGGUGGCGUGCUCUACAAGCCCCCACCCCAGCGCAUGUUCUACGUCCCCCAGAGACCCUACAUGUCUGUAGGCUCCUUGCGCGACCAAGUGAUCUACCCAGACUCUGUGGAGGACAUGCGAAGGAAGGGCUUUUCAGAGCAGCACCUGGAAGCCAUUCUGGACAUCGUGCACCUGCACCACAUCCUGCAGCGGGAAGGAGGUUGGGAGGCCGUGUGUGACUGGAAGGACGUUCUGUCCGGGGGCGAGAAGCAGAGAGUUGGCAUGGCCCGCAUGUUCUACCACAGGCCCAAGUACGCCCUCCUGGAUGAAUGUACCAGUGCCGUGAGCAUCGACGUGGAAGGCAAGAUCUUCCAGGCGGCCAAGGAUGCAGGCAUUGCCCUGCUCUCCAUCACCCACCGACCCUCCCUGUGGAAGUACCACACACACCUACUACAGUUCGACGGGGAGGGUGGCUGGAAGUUCGAGAAGCUGGACUCGGCCGCCCGCCUGAGCCUGACCGAGGAGAAGCAGCGGCUUGAGCAGCAGCUGGCGGGCAUCCCCAAGAUGCAGCGGCGCCUCCAGGAGCUCUGCGAGAUCCUGGGCCAAGGCCCUGGAGUCCUCCAGGCCGCUGCCACCUGACACACGGCCCUGGCUCUUAGCCCUUGGCCCACGCCCCACACCAAGCCCUCGGAUCACGUGAAGGAAACGGAGCGCCUGCCCACCAAGCCUUCCCCCCCACCGCCCCGCUGCAGGCCCACCCUGCAUGCUUUGCCGUCCUCCCAGGCCUCCCAGAGGACAGCCAGCGAAACCCGUGCCCACUUCCCAGCCCCACCAGACUGGGACCUGGGCAAGUAGAAGGGGAGAGGGGCCAGAGGCGCGGCCCCGCUCACAGCGCCAGCCUGUGCCCAGGAGCCUUGGUGUUUGCGGCGCAGCGUCUCCUAAGUCUGGAGUCCCCCCAUUCCCUCCUCUGCGGUCCCUUGGAGACAUCACAGACGGUCCAUCUCUCUAUUGCCAUCAUCCCAGUGGCCCGCCAAGGCUCCCGUCCCCCGGAACACCCUCACUGCCAUAAAGACGGCCAAGUGGGCCCCGCGAUGAGGCAGGGCCCGUCAUCUGUGCCCCUUCUCCCCACCAGUCAUCCCAAAGAGCCUUCGGGAGAAAGAAUUGCACAACGUUUCCUACCGAGCAAUGACGAGAAUGUAGUCCCUGUCCGCCUCCGUCCCCAGCCCUCCCUCCUUCAAGCUAAUUUAUUGGAUUCCCCUUUGCAGCCCUCUGUAUCGUCAACAUGAGCACCCUGCUAGCGGGAGAGGUGGCCUGGGCCGUCAGCCAGCCCGCUACCCCACCGGCCUACACUGCCAACCGCCAGGGCGUGGGUGGGGGCGGGGACGCUGGGGCUGCCAGUUCAGUGCCAAAGAGGGGUCAGUGGGGAAGCUGUCUCUGCAAAGACUGCCCCCACCCGAGGGGGAGACCCCGCCACCGCGCCGCCGUGUGCCUUUCGGGUCGGGGAACCUCCCUCAGUUCCUCAGUAAAAACCUCCUGUGGA